AUGGCUAAAACGGAGAAAAGAUCAACUUUCAUGUCAGCGGAUAGACUCGUGUACGUUCGCGAGAUGUUGCAGAUGCGGUUGAUAAUAACUCCACAAAACUUGAUCAAUGAUGAUGGCACUUUUAAAAUAGUCACAACACCAUACACAUUACUUAAUACAUUGUACACAACUUUAGAAAAAAACGGUAUUUCAGUGGAACGUGUCGAGUUGAUUGGAUCCUCCGUGAGGUCACUCAUGUACGACGACCCCGAAUCAAUUGACAUAUUUGACAUCGAUGUUGCCUUUCAAGUUAAAAACGCGCAAUUCGACAACGUCCUCCAGGCCGAGGAAGACACACUACUACUCAUCUCAAAGAAGAACAAAAAGGCGCUCUCUCCUAACGAUAUUCCUUCGUUUUUUGUUAAUAAAGCACUCGUGACAGAACCAGUCCCUUGGGCACUUGUUAGUGUCGGGUCGUUGGGGUGUAUGGUGGAUAUUAAGGUAUCAACACACCUACCCAUCUCGGACUUCUCCGUGAACUCCAUCAACUUAGAUCUCACGGAAAUCAUUCAAAAGGGGGUUAACUACGAAACUAUUAUUCCAAUCACUUCACAUGAGUGGGAUAUUCAACAAGUAUUUAAUGACGUCGAAAAGAAAGUACUGAGGUGGAAAGACUCGACGAUGAGACGGAUGGGGCUCAGGUACGUCUUGAUGAAGGUGAAAGGAUAUACAGAUCUUUCUCCCACUGGUAAAAAAGAGUUUGGGAAUAACAUUGUGAAUGAGUUUGUCGACAAACCAGAUGGCUAUUUCAGCUGGGAAAUCGGAAAAUUUGUCCAUCGCCAUUUCUGUAAGAACGGGUAUGACUUUGAGCAAAUAUUUCGAUUUCUGGACGUGUUGAAUGACACACUGGAAACCAAUCAACAAUACGGACUUUUCGAUAAAAAGAUUGAUGAAAACUACAUUUUCUACAAACAAAUCAAAAACACGUUGGCUGUUCAAUCGAGGAUAAGAGGCGGUGGGUACCAUAGCUUUGACGCAAAGCGAAGUCACAAGAAGUGA